GGUGAAAAAUGAUCGAGGAUGAAACUGUACCAUAUUCCACUGGAUUUGUAGUCCGGCGCUCGACGAACUCCCAUUAAGUGUGACUAUCCCGCCCGCUGAGAGGAACUACAACUCCCAUGAAACCACCGCAGCGCUUCUGUUAAUAUCAAUAUGGCUUCUGUCAGUCAGACAAAGGCGAAUCAGUUUUUGCCUUGAAAUGAAAUCAAAUUAGGGAAAGGUAGCGGGAGAGUCGGACAUCGUCCUGUUUUGCUGGUUCAUGUCUGGCGACGGGGAUUAAAGGGACUGAAACACUGUCAGUUGAGUUGAAUAAAUGCUGUGGUGCACGGAGGCCCCGCACGCGCACAAUCAGAAUGUCCCAUUAUACAGAUGAGCCUCGUUUUACCAUUGAGCAGAUCGACUUGCUGCAGCGGCUACGUCGGAGCGGCAUGACAAAGCAAGAGAUCUUGCACGCUCUGGACACCCUCGAACGGCUGGACCGCGAGCAUGUGGAGAAGUUUGGCCACCGGCACGCCCACGGCGGAAACGGGGCAGCCGGCGUCAAUCACGGCAAUGGCAGCAACGCCACCACCUCUUCCAACUCCUGCACUACCUCCUCUAACAACCUCACAGCCUCUUCUUCGACGACCUCUACGGCCACGCAGACUGGAUACCGUGGCAAUGGCCUCUCUCCCUCCCCUAGCAACAGCUAUGACACCUCCCCGCCCCCGACGGUCCCGACCCCUGUGCCGGUAGUAGCACCUUUGGUCCAAAAUGGACGGGACGGCCUCGCCGCUAUGCCCAACGGGAAGCUCUCUCCACCCCGCUUCACUGUUAGCAACACCUCCUCGCGGGCCUUUGCGUACGAGCACCCAGAUGAGGAAGUGGACAUCGAUGACAAAGUCGAGGAGCUCAUGAGAAUGGACAGUGCUAUAAUUAAAGAAGAGAUUAAAGCGUUCUUGGGGAACCGGCGAAUAUCGCAGGCAGUAGUUGCCCAAGUUACAGGUAUCAGUCAGAGCCGGAUCUCUCAUUGGCUGCUCCAGCAGGGCUCAGACCUCAGUGAGCAGAAGAAAAGAGCCUUCUACCGCUGGUACCAACUAGAGAAAACUACACCUGGUGCAACACUAGCGAUGCGGCCCACCCCGAUGGCCCUGGAGGACAUUGUGGAGUGGCGUCAGACCCCUCCUCCCAUUAGCAGCACCCAGGGCAGCUUCCGUCUGCGGCGAGGCAGCCGCUUCACCUGGAGGAAAGAGUGUCUGGCGGUGAUGGAGAGUUAUUUCAAUGACAACCAGUACCCCGAUGAAGCCAAACGAGAGGAAAUUGCCAACGCCUGCAAUGCAGUUAUUCAGAAACCAGGGAAGAAGCUUUCAGAUCUUGAGAGGGUCACGUCUCUGAAAGUUUACAACUGGUUUGCCAACAGACGGAAGGAAAUUAAGAGAAGAGCCAACAUAGAAGCAGCAAUCCUGGAGAGUCAUGGGAUUGAUGUCCAAAGCCCGGGAGGUCAUUCCAACAGCGAUGAGAUCGAUGGAAAUGACUACGGUGAGCCAGUAGCUGCUGACCAAGUUUUGGGAAUGGAUGACAACACCGGCCCAAACGAACACCAGGACCCCAUAGCUUUGGCAGUGGAGAUGGCCGCUGUCAAUCACAGCAUCCUGGCACUGGCGAGGCAGGGCGGACCCACCAGUGACAUCAAGACAGAGGUGCUGGACGAUGAGUGAGAAUCCUCCCUUCGACGUGGAGCGCGGAGGGAAGCCGAAGGAGAAAUGUGGGGUUAAGAAAACAAAGCCAAACAGUUUGUGCGUGAACUGUUAUUAUGAGGAAUAUGGCCAGGUCGUUGAUGACCAAAGUGAAUGCGGAGGUUAUAAAGACUGUUAACCCAACAUUCCCCCCUUCCUCCUUCCUCCUCCCUCCUACAUGUGACGCCUCAAUAGUCUUUUCAUUCAAACCGUUCUCCUACAUGCAGCGGGUUGGGGAGGCGCUGCGAUUAAACUGUUGACGAAACACGUUCACUAAAAACUUCAUGCGACAUAUCACCCUGCCAUCUCACACUUGGAUAGUGAAUUUCGCCUCUCAGUUUUCCUUCUUUCAGGAAGUCUUCUUUGCAGGAUAUAAGAGGUCAGUAUCAUACUAAAUGUUCACUGCCUCAGUCUCUCCAGGGAAAGUGUGUUGGGAAGCAAAUUCUCUCUCACUUCUUAACUUAUUUCUUUAUGUACGUGCAGUCCAGCGUUGCUGAAAUUGCGUUUAAACAGUUGUCACCAGGGUCUAAAGUUAACACUCGCCUACCACCAAAUGUGUACCUGCGACUUUGCCAAGUCUGCUUUGGCAAGCAUUAACAGACUAGAAAAUCAAAAAAAAAUAAAAAUAAAUACUGAGUAGUUGCUAAGUCUUACUGAGAAGUGCAAAAUAGUUUGGUGAUUCGAAAUUGACUAGUUUAUUGAUUAGUCUUGAACGUUUCUUUUUGGGAGUCUACAUAAAUGUGUUUUUGCAUUCAAAAACAGCUCUUAAGGCAUGGUUUUAAAAACGUUUUAAAAUGUUAUGUUUAAAUAACAUUAUUUUAAAAGUUAUUUUUACUUCAUAUCUUGUCUUAAAAAUGUCUGAGACACUAAAAAAACAUUGCCAUACUAGGGGUGGGUGAUAUGACCAAAAUCAAUCGGUAACAAUAUAUAUCACAAUAUUGUUAUUUUUGUCUUUAUUGCCUUUAUGAUAUCGAAUGUUUUUUGAUACCAUUGAAAUUUCAUCAUUCUUGUCACCAGUGUCAAUAUCACAAAAAACUAAUACUAGCCAAGAAGAAAAAAAAAUUCAAGUAAACAGUCAGCGAUAUAAUAAGUAUAAGAAACUAAUUACAAGCAAUAGGACAAAAAAAAAAAAUACAACGGAACAAAUAAAUAAGAAAUGUUACAUACAUUGUAUAAGUAAUCAAAAUGUAUAAAAACACUGCACAUUCUUCAUUGUGCAAAUUAAAUAUAUAUUUCUUCUUAUUAAAGUUACAAAAGUCAAAAGCAGUGAGAGAUUUUCUCUUUUGUUGUUUGAUAAUAUGAAUGACAGUCUCACUUUAAGAGCUACCCAGAUUUCACAUGUGAUUUCUUUCUUAGCUGUUUGCUUUCACUUAAGACCUAAAUUACUGUGUUUAUGAGGAUAUUUGCAAAGAUGGGCAUUUUGACAUACAAGUGUAUAUUUAACCGUUCAAGGUCUAUAAAGCGUCAAAAAUAACUCCAUUCAAUAUUCCUGCUCUCUCUCUGACAGCGCUCAAAAACAGUCUCUCAGACAUUGCGCGCAUAUAGCCAAACGAGUGGUCUUUCGCUGCUGAUUGCAUUUCAACAGCUUGACAUCACUUGUUUUUAAACCGCAAUACUUAAAAAUGCGUGCAAACGAUACGUUUUCAUGACCACGUAGCACAGCAACACCACGAGAGCGUUUAACUGCAAUAGAGACGAUAGUCCAAAAUCUCUACCCAUUGACAAAUUUCUACCGAUAUAUCUACCCACCCCCACCCCCUUAUGCGAUAUACAGUGCAACAGCUAAAGACGUGUUUCUGAAUGUGUAUAGCUGUAGUGACGUGUUUAAACAAGGUGAAUUUAAAGACACAACUCCUGGAUGAGUUUCACAAUGCAAAAUAUAUUAUAGCUAAUGUGUAGCAUGUUAAUUAAAGCAUCACCACUAAAAUAUCUAAACUAAAAGCAGCAAAAAAUGGAAACGUAAAUUGAAUAAUUGGUUGUUGAAUGAUUAAUUGUAACUCAUAACUAAACAUAUUACACUGUAAAAAGUGAUGUUGACUUGACUUAAAAAAAAAAUCGAGGAAACCCGUUGCCUUAAUUUUUAAGUAAAUAAUCAUUAAAAAAAAUAAGUUAAGUGAAUUGUCAAGUUCACUUAACUUUUU